GCCUAAUCCAAACUUUUGGAUGGCCUUGAAACCUUAGAUGCUGUGGAUGUAUACACUGGUUACUUAUAAUUAUCAUCGUCGCAGCCAGUUGUACAGUGAUACUGAAGUUCGCACAUAGAAAUGGGUGUCCACUCAUAUUCAUCUUUGUUUGAAUAUCUCAAAAAUGUUGGUGUUCAUAUGCUUGACGAACUAUACACUCAUCCUCCAACAUGUCUUGUCGUUUUUAGAGAAUUACCUGAACUAGCGAAACAUUUUGUCAUGAGACUUUUAUUUAUUGAACAACCAAUACCAAAAUCCAUUGUCUCUGGGUGGGUUGAAAAGGGUUCUAGUGCACUUCUAAAUGACUCAUGUAAAGCUUUGACUGAUUUGAGAAUAUGGCAUUCUACAGACAGUAAUGUUUCUCGAGGCUCUUGGUCGUUAAAUAAAAAGUAUCAAGAGUCGAUUCGGAUAUCACUGUUUGGAGGUGGAAAACCCUUACUUGGAGAUUUAGGCAUAGUGACAAACGAUAAGUACUCAAAAAGUGUUGACUUUUUAAAAUCGUAUGCAGCUGAACGUUGGGAUGCUAUACUUCACUUUAUGGUAGGUUCUGAAUCAGCGGAAGUUGGAAGUGUUGUGAAGGAUGUCCUUUUAUUGUCCAACUUAAUGAAAUGUGAAGGUAAUGAUUGUCCAAUCGGUAUCACAAAGCAUGGGUUCCAUUUCUUGCUUAUGAGUCGACAGUUUCAAGUGCUAGUUUUCAUCCUGCACUACUUUGACUACUUAAAGGAAAAUAGUAAAAAUCUAGUUGGAGCCCUACAGUUUGUUUUCCAACUUAGUUUUUUGUGUCCGACAAAGAGCUAUCCAGUAGAGGCACUGAGUACUGCCCAGCAGGAAGUAUUACAACAUAUGCGCGAACUCGGCUUAGCUUAUCAACGAAAGCGUACAGCGCCUCGUUUUUAUGUAACUCCUCUUGCUUUGGAUGUAGCUGGAGGUCAUACUACUUUCUUGGAAAGUAAAUCAGGUGGAUGGGGUCCACAAUUAGGAGUUAUUCCUACUGGUGUCUCAAAAACAGAUCCCACCGAUAGCAACAAAAUGUUUUCGCAAAUUUCAGUAUCGAAUUCUUCCGAUGUUGGUUAUAUUUUGCUAGAAACCAAUUUCCGACUAUACGCCUAUACUGAUUCACCGCUUCGUACCGCUCUUCUUAGUUUAUUUAGCAAAAUACGUGCACGUUUUCCUAAUCUUGUUGUUGCUGAUAUAACUCGUGACUCAGUUCGUGAAGCAUUAAUUCGUGGAAUAACUGCAAAUCAGAUUCUAUCUUUCUUAACAACCAAUGCACAUCCAGAUAUGUUAUUACAGAAUCCUAUAUUACCGCCUACUUUAACCGAUCAAAUACGACUAUGGGAAUUAGAACGAGAUAGAUUUUUAUUUCAAGAAGGCUGUUUGUAUGAACAAUUCUCUCGGAAUACAGAUUUUGAAAUGGUUCGGGAUUAUGCUAAAAGCAUUGGUGUUUUACUCUGGGAAAAUCCUGAACGAAGACUUAUGGUUGUGUCUAAAGCAGGUCAUGAAGAUGUACGGAAAUUUUGGAAACAUAAACGUCCAUCCUAAAACUUUGUCACUGUUCAAUUUUCUUUUUCUACUCCAGAUUAUAUGUACAUAUAUAAUUAGACAUUUUCAUUUUUAUUCUAACAGUAUUUGUUGAAGAGUGAUUUUUCAGCAAAACUCCAUGAUUUGUUAUUUUUAAACUUAAAAUGCAAUAUUAUAUCAAAAUUCAA